GUUGCUGAUCAGCAAACAAUUCCCAGUGCCGAUUAGAUUAUCUUGUCAAUAGGGUUGAGCCAAAUAUUUGGAUGAAAGAAGUAUCCAGUGCAGAUGAUGUAGGCCUACUUUUUAAGAGUGUUAAUAUAAUCAGAGUUAAAUGUGUCGAUAUCUGUAUACGUAAUAAAGGAAAAUCCUCAUUGGGGUAGCUGUGUUCAGUUUCUCACUCUUGUGAUCAAAAAUGAUCUCAAGCUCAAUCCUGAGGCUGUUCUGUAAAUAGUUUCCCAGUAAAUAAUAAAUAUAGCAAUAUCAAUCCAGGCUUAAAAUGGCAACUUCUGAUCUGAUUGAACAGAUACAGAUAAUGGAGUGCUUGCUCAUCCCUUCUUGUCAAAUUAUGAUGUCAGCAGUUAAUUUUCUAUGUGAAGCCAGAAAGGCUAAAUGAAGAACUUUGAAACGUGUGUAGGAUUUAUAUGAAAGUUCUACUUGAGUACUACUUGACGCGGGUCAGUUCAAGAGCUUAUAACUGGGUCUUACGUACUUUGGCUGAUAACUCCUCAGACUGUGACAGUAUAUUCUGUCACCAGUCUGGGGUUCACAGACUCUCUUUCUAGAAUGUAUUAAGUAUGUUGCCAUGAAGGCAGUGCAAACUAAAUAAAAGCUUGUAAUUGGACCUUGAGUUAAGAAUAUGUCCUCAACAAUGCAGCAAGCUGAAGAAAUGAUCAAUGUACGUUUGAGAUCCAAGUAAAAUAUGUGACAUAUUGGCAUGUGGCUUCCAGUUGAUUUUAGAAGUGAGAUCUCAGAUCCUCCAGAUCCUGAUCUGGAUUUGAAAAUAUAUGAGGUUGUGCCUUUGCCGUCAACACAGCUGACAUGUUGAAAUUCAUUUUUCUAACGAAGUGUCUUCCUUAACAUUUCUACAAAAAAAAGCAUUUUUAUAGACUUGCAUAUCUGCAUCUAUUGGGCCCUCUGUGUUACAUCAGUUUUAACCUACUCUGUGUAUUGUCAGAGUAAAGGAUGGGAAUCAAGAACCGGUUCCGAAUCAUCUGCCCCAUCAGAAUCGUAUGUGUCUCAAUGUAUGGUAGAGAAGAAGAAACAGUCCAAAGUGUGGCUUCAUAUUAUGAAGACAGAUGACAACUGUCCUGUUUGUAAUGUCCGUGAAAUGAUGACUUCAAGUAAAGGGGGAAACACCAGCAAUAUGCUGAAACAUCUUUCUCAGCAACAUGGGCUUCAAUUCCAGGAUUGUUAACACUAUACGCACAAAAAUGCCACUGCUUCCCAAACGAGCAGCACGUCCAUUACGAGAUUAAACGUCAAAAAUGUUUUGUUCUGGCACAAAGUUCAGAAGCUUGAUGUUUAGUUUUAGUAGUUUAAAGUUUAGUUUCAUAUUCCUCUGAUGAUCCAGGGACCAGUAGUGUUUGACAAAAAUAAUACGGCAUGGUGAUCACUGUGACGGGCUACUGAUCUCAUGCAUAUGACUGUUGCAUGUUUUGGUUUGACAUUUAGAAAAUGAAAUGUUUAAUGGCUGAACAUGAUAAUUACUAACACAUGGAUAAAUGGAAAUAGUUAGCACACAGAGGUAUAUAUGAAUGCAAGAACACACACACACACACGCACAAACAUAAGCAUACACUGUUCUUUUGUCUUUCAGUGGGAUAUGCAAAGAACAAGGCAAUAUCUCAGAGUUGUGGACAGUACUUGUGCUUUCAGGAUGCGGAUGAUGUUAUGUUUCCCCAAAGAGUUCACCUGCAGUACGAGGCGUCUCUCCUCCACCCAAACUCUUUGGCACGCAGAACAGCGAGAGUAUCCGGUGUUGAUGCUUUCUGUGGCCCGCCAGGUCAGAGGUCAAAGGUCAUGUGUGUGAGGGAAGUGAGGGAGACAGCAUGGAGACAGCAGGCUUGCCGUCCUGCACAAACAGCCUGCCUCUCUCUGUUAUGGCUGCGAUACUUUAUGGUGGCGGAUAAUAAAUGUGGUCCUCUGCUUUGUUUUUCAGCUCUGUAUAACCUGUCUUGUCUUUACAUGAGCCCCUCUUUACUCGUCAUUGACCUCUGACCUGAAAUUUGGCCUCUAUGUAUCAAAGUGGGCACAACUGAUAUUUUGUCAUUUAGAAAAUUGAUAACUAGGGUUUGUUACUAACAUUUUUUUUUUUUUUUUUGCAUUGUCCGGCCUGUAAAAUGCCAGAAGAAUUAAAAGAUAUUCAGAUUAUUAUCUUACAAGACAAAAAAAAAAUCUGCAAAUAUUCACAUUUGAGAAGCUAUAGGCAACACAUUUUAGGGAUUCUGGUUAAAAAAUUAUCUAAAGGGUUAAUUAAUAACUAAAAUUGUGGCAAAUUAGUUUUCUGUCAGUCAACUAAUUGAUUAAUAAACAAUGCUUCAUGGAAGCUUUUAAGGAUUUUCAACGAACUUUAACUUUAAUUUAAAUGUGCCUUUAUUCCAGGGGUGUCAAACAUACGGCCCGGGGGCCAGGACUGACCCACCAAAGGGUCCAGUCUGGCCCUCUAAAUUAUUUUGCAUCAGACUUCUACUUGAAAACAAUAUGGGUGAAGCCCUGUUCAGUGUCUUACGUUGUGUUCACACUGGGUGCGAAUAAAACAAUUUGUGCGACUGAAUUACAUGUAAAGUCAAUGUAAAGACAUGAUUAGGUGCAAAUUCUCACCGGGUGGCGCGGUGAACACAACGCAAGUGACACAAAAUCUGUAAAUUAAGCAGCAUAAAUGGAGUAAGCGGCACAAUUUUGCGUCACUUGCUUGCACCUGCUAAGCAACCGAUUGCGAUAGCCAAUCAGCAUUGAGAUCCUCUGAGGACGUACGAUACCGAGGACUUAAUGGUGGAAAAUGAUUCAUCCAUUCAGCGAUUUCAUGCACAUAUGACGCCAGUCGACACACAAUAUUCUAGAGUUAAACUCAUGCAAAUAACAUGACGUAAAAAAUUGCAACGUGUUUGGUGUGAACACAUGUUGGCAUAGAUACAGCCAAUAGAUGGCACUAGAUGGUGGAGUCAAAAGUUUCACAUAACAAACGAGGCGACAGUGGAGGAGGUCACAAUGCUGUACCUUUUAACAGAGGCAGCACUGUAGACGGCUGGGGUCUGAUAGGUCACUGAAAACAUCCUGACAUGUCGACAGAGUAUUCUCUUCACUUCAUUAUCAAUUCGUUCUGUUCUGGCAUUUCUAAGAUUUCUUUGUCGUCUGCUAUGGUCGUAUCUUUUCUACAACUACGCUACACGGCCUCCAUGAUCUCCGGUUGUUCUGCUCUGUUUUGUCUGUUUCCGUAAGCUUUCAGAAAACAUGCACAAAUACAGACAAAAUGAAUGCAGAGCUCCGUCCGUCUCUGUCUCUAACAUACCUCUGGUCUUUAUGGUUAGUAAGCAAGUCAGCACAAAAUAUUCUACCGUUCACAGUCGCAAAAGUCAAAAGUUCGCAUCAUGUUUGGUGUUAAUAUCACACUGAUAAAACUUUAGAAUGUAAAUGGUUUGUAAGGCAGGGGACGACUACUGCUUAUUCAGUAGCUUCCACUUUAGUGGGGAAUUAUGUAAAAAAGUUACAUGUAAUCAAAGAGAGUAGUCGACUGAUUGUGGACAAACUGAGACAUACUGUUGAAUUUGCACAUAUUUUUUUGAUAUCUCGGGCUGUUCAUUUGUUUUAGUAAAUGGAUGAACGUUUUCAGAAUGUCGUCUUUACACUCAAAAAGGGGAGCAUUUAAAGGUGUUAUCUACAGAUUGUUAUAUGAUGUACUUGAGAUCAAAGUGUUCCGUAUGUGGCCCAUGAACUAAAAUAAGUUUAACACCCCUGCUUUAUUCUGAAGGGUUCCUACUGAAACUAGAAGUGAUCUUUGCAAUUUAACUGUAACCUAAGAUAUCACACUCCUGUGGUGUUUUUGUGUGUGUUUCCAUGAUAGCUGAUUGGCUGUAAAGUCCAGAGGGUUCCUGAGGGAUCUACUGAGCGUUACACUCGCUGGAUCAACACAAUCACUGAAGAUCAGCUCAUCACACAGGUGUACACGUCUCAUGGGCCCACAGUCGUCAUGCCAACAUGGUUCUGCUCAAGGAGCUGGUACCUGAAGGUUGGACCGUUCGAUGAAGGAGGCAAGGGAGUCCCGGAGGACUUGCUCUUCUUCUACCAGAGUCUUCGUCAGGGAGGGGGCGUGGCCAGGGUCGACCAGUGCCUGCUAGUGUACCGUUACCACGAGAAGGCCGCCACUCACUCUGUAACAGAGGAAACCAUUUGGAAACUGCGAGUCGAUUUCCUGCAGGAGAGAGUUCUCAGCCAAUGGGAGAGCUUCACCAUAUGGAACGCCGGGAAACAGGGCCGGAAGCUCUACCGAAGCCUGAGUCCGGCUAAUCAGGAGAAGGUGAAGGCUUUCUGUGAUGUCGACGAGAACAAGAUCCAGAAAGGCUUUUACACGUACGAGGAGUCCAAGAAAAGACCUAAGCCGAAAAUCCCAGUGCUGCACUACAAAGACGCCUCCGCCCCCUUCAUUAUCUGUGUCAAACUGGACAUGACAGGAGGCGUCCUGGAGGAAAACCUCAACUCUUUGCAGCUGAAGGAAGGAAGAGAUUACUACCAUUUUAACUGACUGCUCAGAGGGAUGGAGACAACAGGAGGAGCCGUGCAGCUUUAACAGGCUCAGAGGAAUGCACAACAAACUGAGGGACAUGCAGGUGAUAACAGGACUAAAGGGGACUGGACACUGGGACAGAGUCGGGCUGCAUCCACACGACUACGAUUUUGUCAUAAAACACAUAACUGUUGCUGGUGUUUUGGUGCCCAAAAACUGAGACCUUUGAAAACACUGCUGAGUCAGUUUUAGUUUAAAACCCCGGGGUUGAGUUUUAGUUUUGGAAACAAUGACACAGACAUUUAUGUUUGCAUCCCAGUUGGGUCGUUUCAGUCACAGCUUGUGAAGUCAAAACAUUACAACCAGGUCUACAUGCCUUUUGUGAUUUUAUGCUUUCUGUAUGGGUGCUCCUUUCCCAUUGCUGUGGCUUCCUCCAGUAAUGGAUAUGGCUCCCAGCACUGUUCUAAUAUCUCGAUGUAUUUACUUUUCCACGACUCCCAAUCAGUGAUUUCCACUGCCUUGACUACCAUAUACUCAUAUGUUAAUUUAAGUAACAGUUCAACCUCUUUGUCAGCCCAAACCAAGAAAUCUCUAGCCUUACCUUUUACCACCUCUGUAGAAUUUUCUGAAACUAAGCAAUCAACCACAAAGUAGACUGUAGGCAGGUUAUGUUAUCUUCAGACUGGGACUACUUCAUAUUCCUCUGCUUUCAGUCUUUAUGCUAAGCUAAGCCAACUAGAUCCUGGCUGUAGCUCCAUAUUUAACUGUCAGGUAUGAGAGUGGUAUUGAUCAUCUUGUCUAAUUACAAGACAAGGACAAGGACAAUAGAAUGACUAACAUGCAUGUUCCCCAAAAUGUCGACCCAUGCAUUUUAAAAGCUGGAACGUGGACGUUUAGGCUCAUAUUAGUAACUAUAACUUCACCUAGAGUGGAAAGAUAUGAUAAGAAACAAAAUGGAGGAAUGAUUUGGUAAUAGAAUGAGAGAGAAGACAGUAUUAGGCCUUUAUGUUUCACUCUUCAGAGGACGUGUAAGAAGACAUGACUUGC